CCCCCUUGCACGAAAACGACACCCCGACCACCAUCGCGACGUUUUGGGGGCUGCCCUCGGUGCGCCAACAUGGCGGCCCUCACGAACGCUGCCGAUGCCGCGGUCGAAGACGAAGUCGAACUCCUCGGAGCCGCGUUAGCCGGCACGGAAGCGCUCCUAGACCGAACCAUAGCGCAAGCACUCGAGGAGGCAGAUCAGGACCGAGCACGAGAACAGCGCGUCGACGAGCCGUCGCCCGCAGAAAAGCAGCCAGACGAGCCACCGUCACAGCCGUCGCGCGCCCUCCUGCACAACGUACAAGCGUCGCACGACGCGGCCGCGCGGCACCGCGAGGACGCGCUCCAGAAGGCCGUCGCCUUCCGCGACGACUGGCGGCGGCGCCGCGCCGCCGCCGAGGCGCGCCCGCCGCCGCCGCGACCGCCGCGCCGCCGAAAGCCGCCCGAAGCACCCGCGGAAAAACGUGACGGCAUCGCGGGGGCGCAGCUCCGGGGCGUGGCCGCGGCGGGCGCGACGAUCCUGGCCGGCGCGGUGGCGGGUCCCGGUCGGCGUCCGAUUCCAUUUCGCGGCGAUGGCGUGCUGGUGGUCAAACACUCUUGACGGCGUCUCGUCGAUGGCGUGGAGAGCAACGCGUCAGAGGAGGCUCUACCAUCAGUACGUGGUGCGAGAGACCAAUCGUUCGCCGCGAAGGUCAACAAAGACAACGACCAAAAAACCACGCAGGUCCCGACGUGGCCGCGCUCGCCGCGCUGUCGGGCGCGGCCCUCGCGUCCGACUCGGUGCUCCGCGGCGCCUCGGACGUCAUCGAUAAGCGAGUGAUUCCGCGCGUCGUGAACUCGCUCGCGACGCGGCUCGGCGACGCUGGGGACUGGAACUCCGUCGCCGGCGACCGCGUGCGCGUGGGGCCGCGCGCCGUCG